UCAUGUUUGCGCGGUAUACACAUCCAAUAUGGCGCCGGGAACUGUAAAAAGGUUUUAAAUUGCAAGAGAUUGCUACUAUGCUUGGAGUAAUUUGGAGAACAGUUAAGAGAAGAAUGAUAUUAUAUGGACUAAGUGUUUCAGGUACAUACUAUUGUUUUAAGCUAGAAUAUUAAGCUAGGAUAUUAUGAACACAGUCCAACAAAUACGAGAUAUCGUCCAUUUUUCAUCUCACAAGAUAACCUCGUACGAAGUUAUGAGGCUUACAUGAGGUACUUGACGUUAGUGAGCCUGCGCUCCUUCGUUAAUAGCUGGGUUGCGCUUGGAUGAUGGAAACUUGAAUGUUGAAUAGCGCGUAGUGCUGCAUGUUGAAUAUAUCAAUACCAUAAGUACAACAAUAUUGCAUUGCCACAACUACAAAGUGGAAUUAUGAGAAGUAAAAUGUUUAAUACUCGAAACUUGGAAGUUUAAUUGUAAAAAAGACUGUUGAAUCGGAUAAAGUUUCAUAAGGAAUAAAAACUUGAAUGUCCAAUCGUGAAAUAAGGAAGAAUACUAAAAGUACAAUGUCAAAUCGCAAUGUUGAAUUUUGGCCCCGAUGGGACGCCAAUCCCAAGCCACGUGUUGCUCUAUAGAUCACAGGAUAGUGAUUGGCCAUUGAAUCUCAUUACGUCAGAGGACAUAUCCACAACAAGAGGACAUAUGUGGAACGGUACAGUCACUGGCUGAACAAUCAUGGCGGACUAUUCGGGCGUUCUGUUGAACGUCAGCUAUAAACAGCUUCAUGAACGGUUUGUGAGUGGAUUGAAUGGAACAUCGGUGUUUGAGAUCGGAAUGGUUGCUAGUGCUGCGCCAAGUGGAAUUUUUCUUCGGUCAAUCUUAUUUAAUAUAUUGUUUGCAAAGCAACAAAACUUUUCUAGUUCACUAUUCUGUUGCUUGGUUUUUCUAUUGGAGUACUGUACCUUGGUUGUUCCCUCAUUCCUGGCUCUGACUGCUCUAGCUGAUCACACAGAUAUGCUAAUUACAACCUGUUUAUGUCUAUCAAUUGGAAUGUUGUUUUUGCAAGCAUUGGAUGCUAGUAAACUUCAAAAACAGAAAGUUCAAGCAAUACUAUCUGCAGACAUGUGUGGAAAGCUGCCUUUUGUUGGAAGCUUCAGAGCAUAUGUAGUGAUUGCCACAGCCAUCUGUAUACUUGCUGUUGACUUUGUGAUCUUUCCUCGGCGCUUUGCCAAAGCGGAAACAUAUGGGAGUGGACUAAUGGACAUGGGAGUUGGAGCAUUUAUAUUUUCUAAUGCUAUUGUAUCACAGGAGGCAAGAAGUGUUCGCUCAACAGAAACGGCGCACAGCUUUUUUGCGGUAGUAUUUAGAUCCUUGAGAUCUUCUUUGCCAUUACUAGUGCUAGGAUUUAUGCGGCUGGUGUCUGUCAAAGGAACAGAUUAUCAAGAGCACGCAAGUGAGUAUGGUGCUCACUGGAACUUUUUCUUCACUUUAUUUGUCGUAAGGGUAAUGUCAACAGUGCUCAUCAGGUUCACCCGUGGCCACAGCUGGUAUGGUGUAACAGGAAUUAUAUUAGCUUUGCUGUAUCAAUACCUCCUUAGUCCCUGUGGUUUGAGAGAGUUUGUAUUAUAUGGAACACAAGGUGAUGGAUCACGCCUAGGAUUACUGGAUGCAAAUAGAGAAGGCUUAUGUUCUUGUGUGGGAUAUUUAGCUCUGUACCUUAUUGCUGUUCAGUUUGGAAAGUUUCUCUUUUUUAAACGAAAUACUUUAGGACAGUGGAUCAAAGCAUUGCUAAUCUUAGUGGCUAUAGAUGCUACAUUUUAUACCUUGGUUCAUGUAUCACAGCAGUUUGUCAGCCCCAUAUCCAGAAGAAUGGCAAAUUUAUCUUUUGUUUUGUGGCAGGUGGGAUAUAAUGUUCAACUUAUCUCAGAGUUCUUGCUUUGUGAUAUAUUGAUAACCACUGCAAACCACCUGGGCUUGCUUGAAGGUGCAGUAACAGGAGGCUGUCACGUGUGUUAUCCCGCAAAAGUCCCGGAUGAGAAUGGUAAAACGUCACAGAUCAAGCAGAAGAUGCCAUGUGCAUGCUUCAUAUCAGCUGUUAACCGGAAUCAGCUUUUGUUCUUUUUGCUUUCUAAUGUACUUACGGGAAUCGUGAACUUUUCCAUAAAGACAAUCUUCUGUACUCCAUUGAAGGGAUAUAUAAUAGUUGGUAUUUACCUGAUGAUGUUAAACUUUUUAAUUUCUGUCCUACAUCUACGUGGGAAAACUUUGAAACUUUCAUGAAAUUCGUGGGGAUCGCGCCGAGCAUGUCAAGAUGUCUUGCAACUGUUUUUUUUUUUUUUCUUCGCAGUGAAAUUUUAUCAACCCUUAACAAUCUAGUAAAGUAGUGAUCCUCGCAGGUGGGCCGCAUAUUAAGCGACCACGGAUUAGAAACAGGCUUCGACGGGAUUCGAAUUCAAGCUACAGAUACUGGUGGUCCCUAUUUCCAACUGAAUCUCAAGGCCAUGGCCACAUGUUGGCAGCGAGAGAUAUUUCAGAAGGGUCUUCUUUUCCGCAGCGGAAUUGAAGCUCACCUGCGAGAAUAGUUGCUUUACUUGAAUUGAUUUCAUUUAAUACUACGGUUUGAGACAUCUGUCAUAGUUUUACGAGGGAUUCGAAUCCAGGUUACAGAUACUGGUGGUCCCUACCACCAACUGACACGACGCCUUCGCCACAUGUUGGGAGCGAGAGACAUUUCAAAGGGUCUUUUCCGCAGAGGAAUUGAAGCUCAUCUGCGAGAAUAGUUGCUUUACUUGAUUUUCAUCUGCAGGUCAAAUAAAAUUAAUUUUGUUAAAGAU